GGAGGCCGCGGGAAGCGGGAACGGAAGUGGGCUCAGGAGGGCGGGGCUAGAGGCGGAAGGGGCGGGCCCGGCGAAGUUGUUACACUGAGUCCCCUUCCGGCGCUAGGGGCCGGAAGCUGUAGCCCGGCAGUGUCAACUUGGGGGCUGCAGCCUGAGAUCGCGGCCGAGACCGAGACCAUGGGCGGGAAGAACAAGCAACGAACCAAGGGGAAUCUGAGGCCUUCAAAUAGCGGUCGAGCUGCAGAACUACUUGCCAAAGAAAAGGGAACAGUGCCUGGAUUUAUUGGUUUUGGAACAUCUCAGAGUGAACUAGGCUAUGUUCCUGCCAUUCAAGGAGCUGAAGAAAUCGACAACCUUGUAGAUUCUGAUUUCCGAAUGGUGCUACGGAAACUUUCUAAGAAAGAUGUCACAACAAAAUUAAAAGCUAUGCAGGAAUUUGGAACCAUGUGUACAGAGAGAGAAACAGAAAUUGUAAAAGGAGUUCUUCCCUAUUGGCCAAGAAUUUUCUGCAAAAUCUCACUUGAUCAUGAUCGCCGGGUUCGAGAAGCCACUCAGCAAGCUUUUGAAAAACUUAUCCUUAAAGUAAAGAAACAUUUGGCUCCGUAUUUAAAAAGUUUAAUGGGAUAUUGGCUCAUGGCUCAGUGUGAUACGUACACGCCAGCUGCAUGCGCUGCAAAAGAUGCCUUUGAAGCAGCCUUCCCCCCAAGCAAGCAACCUGAAGCGAUAGCGUUCUGUAAGGAUGAAAUCACAAGUGUGCUUCAGGAUCAUCUUCUAAAAGAAACACCUGACACCCUUAGCGACCCACAAACUGUUCCAGAGGAAGAGAGAGAAGCUAAGUUCUACCGCGUUGUAACUUGUUCCUUAUUGGCGUUAAAGAAGUUGCUUUGCCUUUUACCUGAUAAUGAGCUUGAUUCUCUAGAAGAGAAGUUUAAAUCUCUGUUAUCACAGAAUAAAUUUUGGAAGUAUGGAAAACACAGUGUACCUCAGAUCCGCUCAGCAUAUUUUGAGUUAGUUUCUGCUUUGUGCCAGCGCAUUCCACAGCUCAUGAAAGAGGAGGCUUCCAAAGUGAGCCCAUCUGUUCUGCUUAGCAUUGACGACAGUGACCCCAUUGUCUGCCCCGCUCUCUGGGAAGCUGUACUGUAUACACUCACAACCAUUGAGGACUGUUGGCUUCAUGUAAAUGCAAAAAAAAGUGUUUUUCCUAAGCUGUCAACUAUGAUUCGUGAAGGUGGUCGGGGCUUAGCUACUGUCAUAUAUCCUUAUCUUCUGCCGUUUAUUAGCAAACUCCCUCAGUCCAUUACAGACCCACAGUUGGAUUUCUUCAAAAAUUUCCUCACUUCUCUGGUUGCAGGGCUGUCCACGGAGAGAAUCAAAACCAGCUUUUCAGAGCGCUCAGCAGUAGUAGCCGCUUUUUUUGAAUGUUUACGUUUUAUCAUGCAACAACACUUGGGUGAACAGGAGAUUGAACAGAUGCUCGUCAAUGACCAGCUCAUUCCUUUUAUUGAUACAGUUCUUAAAGACCCGGGAUUGCCGCAAGGGCAACUGUUUAACCAUUUAGCGGAAACCUUAAGUUCCUGGGAAGACAAAGCAGAUGUGGAAAAGGGUGACAAAGCUACUCGUAGUUUGGAGAAUGUACUGCUAAAUUUCUGGGAAAAAUUGUCAGAGAUCUGUGUCAAGAAAAUCAAUGAGCCAGAGGCUGAUGUUAAAUCUGUCUUGGGUGUAUCUAACUUAUUACAAGUCCUUCAGAAGCCUAACAGCUCAUUGAAGUCAAAUAAAAAAAAACCUAGUAAAGUUAGAUUUGCUGAUGAGACACCAGAAGGGAAUCAAGAGAAUGAAAAAUGUGCAUCUUCAGAAGGAGAGAACAGGGAAGGCUCUGAACAUGUGACGGAAUCUUUGCUCAAUCAUAGUUCUUCAAAUCGUGUGUCACCUCUACGGAAAAAGCCUUUGGAAGACUUAGUCUGCACUCUGGCAGAGAUGAGUAUUAAUUAUGUCAAUGAACAAAAGUCAGAGCAGCAUCUAAGGUUUAUUUCUCUUCUGCUUGACUCUUUCUCUUCAAGUCAAGUAUUUAAAAUGCUCCUUGGUGAUGAAAAAGAGGGUAUUGACAAAGCCAAACCUCUUGAAAUAAGCAAACUUGUACAAAAAAAUCCCGCAGUGCAGUUUUUGUACCGCAAACUGGUAGGCUGGCUAAAUGAAGAUCUAAGGAAGGAUGCGGAUUUCCUGGUGGACAUUCUGUAUAGUGCCCUCCGUUGCUGUGACAGUGACUUGGAGAGGAAAGCUGUGCUGGAUGAUCUAACCAAGGAUGACCUGGAGUGGCAGUCUCUUCUUCAGGUCAUUGAAAAGGCAUGUUCUAGUUCAGAUAAACAUGCUUUAGUAGCUCCUUGGCUAAAAGGCGAUACCCUUGGAGAGAAAUUGGUUGCCCUGGCAGAUCGUCUUUGUAAUAAGGACUUGGAAUCCACAGUGUCUUCACAAUCUUACUUCUCAGAACAAUGGACUCUUCUAAGCUUGGUAUUAUCCCAACAUGUUAAAAAUGAUUACUUGAUCGAAGAAGUAUAUGUUGAAAGAAUUAUUGUUAAACUUCAUGAAACUUUAUCGAAAACAAAGGAAUUGUCAGAAGCUGAAAUCAGUGACGCAGCAGUGCCUUUUAUCUGUGACGCGGCGUACAGCUAUUUCAGCUCAGCAAAGGGAUGCUUGCUCAUGCCAUCAUCUGAAGACUUGUUAUUAACUCUCUUCCAGUUAUGUGCUCAAAGCAGAGAAAAAACACGUUUGCCAGAUUUUCUAACAUGUAAACUGAGGAACACCUGGCUUUCUGGUGUAAACCUGCUGGUCCGUAAAAGCGGUGGUACCUCCGAACAGAGCACCUUCCUGCGUUUGUCUGCUCUGUGGCUAAAGAAGCAAGUUCAGUCUUCAUCUCUGGAUAACACAAGUCUACAGGUCCUCCUGUCUGCUGUCGAUGAUUUGCUGAAUACACUGGUAGAGAGUGAAGGCGGUGCUCUCCUGGGGCUUUAUAUCGGAAGUGUGGUGCCAAACCACGCCGAGUGGGAAAGUAUGAGACAGUCUCUUCCGGUUCAGUGGUUACACAGACCCCUUUUAGAGGCAAGAUUGAGUUUGAAUUAUGAAUGUUUCAAAACAGAUUUUAAAGAACAAGAUACAAAGACACUUCCCAGCCACCUGUGUACGUCAGCAUUGUUGAGCAAAAUGACCUUAGUUGCACUGAAGAAGAAAAUAGCUCUGGAAAGUAAUGUGCUUGAGAAAAUAACUGCAGAACUACUAUAUUCGCUACAGUGGUGUGAAGAACUAGACAAUCCACCCAGUUUUGUAACUGGAUUUUGUGAAAUACUUCAAAAAAUGAAUAUUACAUAUGAUAAUUUAUGUGCACUUCGUGUUACUUCUGGUGUUUUGCAGCUGCUAUUUAACAGAUCUAGGGAAAAUGGUACGCUUUGGUCCCUUAUUAUUGCUAAGUUGAUCCUUUCCCGAAGCAUUUCAUCUGAGGAAGUAAAACUACACUAUAAAAGAAAAGAAAGUUUCUUUCCGCUAACAGAAGGUAAUUUACAUACCAUUCAAAGUCUCUGUCCAUUUUUGUCAAAAGAAGAAAAGAAAGAAUUCAGUUCUCAAUGUGUACCUGCUCUUUUGGGCUGGACUAAGGAAGACCUUUGCAGUACCAAUGGAGGUUUUGGGCAUCUUGCCAUUUUUAAUUCUUGUCUGCAAACCGGAAGCAUUGAUGACGGAGAGCUACUACAUGGUAUAUUGAAAAUUAUAAUAUCCUGGAAGAAAGAACACGAAGAUAUUUUUCUUUUCAGUUGUAAUCUAUCAGAAGCAAGUCCAGAGGUACUGGGUGUAAAUAUAGAAAUAGUCCGGUUCCUUUGCCUGUUUCUGAAAUACUGCUCGUCUCCUUUGGUGGAGAGCGAGUGGGACUUUAUCAUGUGUUCCAUGUUGGCUUGGUUGGAGACUACCAAGGAGAAUCAGGCGCUGUACCCUGUUCCGCUCGUACAGCGACUGGCCUGCGUCAGCUGCGACUUGGCCUGCGACCUCAGCGCGUUCUUUGAUUCAGCCACUCCGGAAGCCGUCGCUAAUCUUCCUGUAAAUCUAGUCAGUGAAUGGAAAGAGUUUUUUUCCCAGGGCAUCCAUAGUUUGCUUUUACCUCUCUUGGUGAAUAUUACAGGAAAAAAUAAAGAUCUGUCUGAAACCACCUUUGAAAAUGCAAUGUUGAAGCCCAUGUGUGAAACAUUAACUUAUAUCUCGAAGGAUCAGCUGUUGAGGCACAAACUUGCAAAACUGGGGACUGGCCCCAAAACAAACUUACCUGAGAAUCUCCAGACUUUGUUAAACACGUUGGUCCCGUUACUUCUCUCCAGAGCUAGACCUGUGCAAAUUGCUGUUUAUCAUAUGCUCUACAAAUUGAUGCCUGAAUUACCGCAGUAUGAUCAGGAUAAUCUAAAGUCAUACGGAGAUGAAGAAGAAGAACCAGCCUUGUCACCCCCAGCCGUACUGAUGUCUCUGCUGAGCACUCAAGAGGACUUACUAGAAAACAUUCUGGGGUGUAUUCCUGUAGGACAGAUAGUCACUAUUAAGCCACUAAGUGAAGACUUCUGUUAUGUUCUGGGGUAUCUCCUUACUUGGAAAUUAAUACUUACUUUCUUCAAAGCUGCUUCAUCUCAGCUUCGGGCUCUGUAUUCAAUGUACCUUAGGAAAACAAAGAGUUUGAACAAAUUACUUUAUCACCUGUUCAGGCUUAUGCCAGAAAACCCCAGCUAUGGAGAGGCAACUCUUGAGAUCUCGAGUAAGGACUUCAAAACAUUCUUUACUGAGGAGCUCCAGCUGAGUAUUAGAGAAACAUCAACUCUUCCAUAUCAUAUUCCACACUUGGCGUGUUCAGUGUAUCACAUGACAUUAAAAGAUCUGCCCGCCAUGGUUAGGCUGUGGUGGAACAGCAGUGAGAAGCGUGUUUUCAAUAUUGUAGAUAGAUUUACAAGCAAGUAUGUCAGCAAUGUCCUUUCUUUUCAAGAAAUAUCUUCCGUGCAGACAAGUACACAGCUAUUCAAUGGCAUGACGGUUAAAGCUCGAGCUACUACUCGAGAAGUAAUGGCUACUUAUACUAUUGAGGACAUUGUCAUUGAGCUUAUAAUACAGCUGCCUUCAAAUUAUCCGCUGGGGUCAAUAUCAGUGGAGAGCGGGAAGAGAGUGGGCGUGGCCGUCCAGCAGUGGCGGAACUGGAUGCUGCAGUUGAGCACUUACCUCACGCAUCAGAAUGGAAGUAUUAUGGAAGGCUUAGCGUUGUGGAAAAACAAUGUGGACAAACGCUUUGAGGGCGUUGAAGACUGCAUGAUCUGUUUCUCAGUCAUUCAUGGUUUCAACUAUUCUCUCCCCAAAAAAGCCUGUAGAACAUGCAAGAAAAAGUUCCAUUCAGCUUGCUUGUACAAAUGGUUUACCUCUAGCAACAAAUCCACUUGUCCACUCUGUCGUGAGACAUUUUUCUGAGUUUUUUUCCAUUGGAAGUAAUCCCUGAAAUAAAUCAAGCAAAGGCAUUGAUGGGAUUUGGAUCCAUCUGAAAGUGUUGACUUGAAGAAGCCAGUGACCAUUACCUUUAAGUAGGACCUUCUCUGGAAAAUUAUUUUGGUUAAUGUAAUGAUCGCAAAAAUCAGGUCUACCUAUCUUCAGAUUGCUUUGUAAAUGUUUGGAAACAUUUUCUUUUACAAAAGAAUAUUACAUAUCUGAGAAGUAUUUAUAUUAAUGGUUUAAUCUCUUUGUAUAUUUAAAAAUAUGAAAAACCCUAAAUUAUAGAAUUGAAAUUUCUGAAGAUGCUGUACUUAUAAAUCCAUCAUUUAUUGAUCUGUUUUCUAGAAUAGUCCAUGUAUGAGGCAAUGAUUGAGAGAGUUGAUGUACAUCUACAGAUAUUUUAAGGCUUAUUUAUUAGUUAUAACUGCAGAAUUAGUAGUGUUCUGAUUUUCGUAGAUGAUUUUAAUGAUAAAAAUGACAUUAAGCUAUCAGUGUAGCUUAUCUUAAGCUCUUUGAAGCAUGCUCUGAAAUCCUAUAUAAAAGAAUGUAAACUGAACUUUAAGGUGCCUCCAUUUAUUAAGGGUUGUAAAAUUCAGAAAAUUAAAUUUAUGACACUGACCUUUUGUUAUGGAGAAAUUAUUUCCAUGUAUUAGUGGAGUUGGAGUUGUGAAUUUGAAAAUGAAUUUAUUGCUCAGUUUGAGUCUUUAUAUAUUGGGCAUUUAAGAGAUAUAGUAACUGGACUGUUUAAUAACUACUACUGAAACUUAAGGAUUGGUGGAAAAAUCAGCAUUUAGAAAUAUUGUAGGAGGCUUUUCACUUUGUAAGCAAAUUUCACUACUACUAGCCAGAGUCACACUACAUAAGGGACUUGCAGGAGCUAAUAUUCUUUAUCCUUGAGAAAUGAAAGACAAGGAUAUUAUUACUAAGUGAAAUUAAGUAUAAGAAUCCUUCCUUUGGAACCUAGAGUAAUUUUAUUACAGUCUUCCAUUUCAUGGGAAAUAACAUUAUCUAAUACAAUUAGGCUAAUUAAGAGAUCAGCUAUUCAUCUGUGUUGCAAAUGUUUAAUUGACACAGAGCAACUCAUGUUAAAUAAAAUUAUUGUUACCAUCAGCUGGGUAAAAUGACUAUUAAUGAAUUGGUAUGAAUGUGGUCAGAAGAUUUUAGUUGAGAGUGAAAUAUUACAUGCGAGUUAGAGAUCUCUUGAGUUGUGUUGAUAGGUGCAGUGCCCUAUCCACUCGUUUGCCUCCUAAAUUUUCCUUGGAAAUAUUAUCUUCUAGUCUUGAAGUCCAAAGAGUCAGUAAAUGAAGUACAUAGAGCAAAAUUCUACUACCUCUUCUUAGCCCUUUUCGUAAAAUACUCUCCAUCUUUCUGUGUCUCUGACAUAGUGAUCCCAAAGGAUUGUUGUGCUCCCUUUUGAAAAUUCCAUACUUUUCCUUUAAAAGAGGUUUUAUAAUAAAACUUCACUUAUAACCUUUCCAAAUAUUAGUACUUGGCUUCUGAUUCAAACCCUAAGUAGAAAAGAAAAGGGAAUAAUAGAGCAUUGUUUUCCCACAGUAAAAUAAGACAUCAGGUUCUUGAUAAAACACUGUAAGUAAUUAUAGUUAUUAACUACUCUUCAUACUUAGGACUCUUAAUACAUUUAAGACUUGUAAGUAUAAUUGUAAAGCUUGUUACUAUUUAUAUGCUAAAGAAAAAGCUUUCUAAAAUAAGACUGAAAUUGACCAUGCCACAUUAAAGCUUUAUUUAUCUAGCUUUAAUAACUCUAACAAAAAGGGUAGCAGCCUUUAAAAUUUUAGUGUAAGGCAUUUAAAACUGCAUGAGAUUUAAAGCUCAUUACAAAACCCCAAGUAAAUUGCAGUUUUAAAAAUCUAUUUUUGAUUCUUAUCUCAUGCACUAAUGUAUGUACAUGUUUCUGAAACUUAAAUAUGUUGUUACCUGAUACAUUUUUGUUGUGUCAAUAAUGUUAUUUUUUACUGUUAGCCAUAUGUGCCCAUUAAAAUUCAUUCAAUUACAAAAUACUUCAAAUAUGUGAAAAAUAUAAAUUCCCUUGUACUGUUCACCUACUAUGUUGCUGUAUUUGCUUCUGAUUUUUAAAGAAAUAAAAUGUUACUCUUUUGUACUCUUC